AUGGUGAAUUCAUUGGCCAUUGAUAUGAAUCUCUGCGAUGAUUGGAUACCAUAUAAGAAGGAAAAGUGCUUUAAAGUCAUUGAAAAUCGUGCGAACAAUACAGUGGCACAAAGCAAAUGCGCGCAACUAUACCCUAACGCCUCGUUGAUAACCAUCGGGUCGGCCGACGAACAAGCAUUUGUCACAAAAUUUCUUUCCUAUUAUAUCACCGUUGCUGAUAGAGUGUGGACAGGUAUGGCCAAUACUAAGGGGUCGGGCUAUAGUAACUGGGUCGAUGAUUUCCCGAAUAAAAGAUCAGUGUUAUAUGAAUAUUGCGUUCAAAUGAGUAUUAUUGGUAACUUUGCGGGCAAAUGGUAUUCGGAAAUGUGUGCCCAACGAGCUUUGGUGGAAUUAUUAAUGAUCAAGGACUGA